UUUAAUAAAUAAUAUUAUAAAACAUACGGACUUCUAGAUUGUUGAGAUCGGAAAAACUGUAUGUUUUCCGCCUGAAGAUGAUUUCAUUCAAAGAGACGUUGUAUUCACAACUUCAUCACAUCAAACACCAUCAAAACCAGUCAAUUAUUCCUGUCUCAAACGUGUCACUCUCCUCUAGCUUUCAGGACCAUUGAGUUUAGACUUUCUCAGCAGAAUGGAUUUCUUGGGUAAAGUAGUGAAGGAAUCAGCCAGAAAACGGCCCGUGAUGGUUAUCAGCACCCCGGAAUAUGUUACUUGUUCAAUGGCGAUCGGAGAUUUUCACAGUCCCCCAGGGGUUGAAGUAUCCAUUGACAACAGUGCAGUAAACAGCAACACGGGAGUCUGGGGCGAUACCGAAACUUUCAAUCCCCGACGAUUCGACAACGAAACACCAAACAUGCGCAAAAGCUUGUGUCGCUUUGGUAUUGGCCCGCGAAGGUGUAUGGGAUAUCGGGUGGCUGAUGCCUUCAUGAAAAUUUUAAUGAUAGUAUUUUUGAAACACUGCACGGUUACCUUGGAAACCAAGGUCACAGGUGAUGAUGACAGUGUGCCGGUACAGAACGUUGGACCAUUUUGCUAUCCGUGUGUAGAAUUUAAACUGGAAGCCUUGAAGUAAAAUUUUCAGCUGUUGGAUGGUUUAAAAGAAGUUUACUCAAGAAAUGUCAUUGUUAAAGUUCACUCUGAAGGAUCCCAUUUAGAAAGAGGAUAGAUUGUCAGCUUUAGAUCUAACAUGUAAUCUAGCAAAAUGUUGAUAGCUGACUAUGUGUUUCACCUGUCUGCCAUGCAACUUACAGUUUAAUUUGUUUUGAAACUACUUGCCCUAUAACAACUUGAGACUAUGAAGCCAAGCUGUUUACGAUCAACCAAAAAUCCCAGAAAUUUUGAUUGGAAAGUAAAUUAUGGAAAUGUAAUUUUCUAAGAAUUUCAAUGGAAAU